AUGGCACACCAAUCAGGAGGACAAGCAUUACUGAAUAGAAAGAGGAGGAAAGAACAACUUGACUUGAAAAAAAACAAAAGGCAACCUGUAAAUGCAGAGGAAACAAGCAAGGCAAACUCAAGAGUACGAAGAGUUAAAAGAAAGGAAAUACUUCAGCAAAAGAAGGAAGCGAAGCGUGCAAGAAUAGACAAUUACAUGAAAAACAAAGAUACCAUGAACGAAGCAUCCAGCAGUACGAAGCGUUUACAAAAUGUUGAUAGCAAAAUAUGGAACUUUGGAAAACCAACAUGCAGAUGCAAGAAUUGCAAUGCUCUGCUAUGGCACGAGGAAAGACUGGCUCCCAAUGUAGGAACAAAAAAUCCAUCUUUUGGAAUCUGCUGCAAACAAGGAAAAAUCAGCCUGCCUCCACAGAAGGAGGCUCCACCUUACCUCGAGAACCUCUUAAAAGGUGGAGAAAAAGAAUCAAAAAACUUCAGAGAAAACAUCAGGUCUUAUAACUCAAUGUUUGCAUUUACAUCCAUCGGAGGAAUUGUGGACAAAGAAAUAAACAAAGGGUACGGACCAUACGUUUUUCGAAUGCAUGGUCAGAACUACCACCACAUUGGAACUCUUCUUCCUGAAGAAGGCAGCAAACCACGCUGGGCACAACUAUACAUCUACGAUACCGAACAUGAGGUAGCAAACAGGAUAAGCGCAUCGGGAUGCAAAGAAGAGAAAUCAUCAGUUGAUCCUAGCAUUGUCGCCGGUCUUCAGAACAUGCUAGAUGAGAACAAUAGCCUAGCCAAAACAUUCAGAAUGGCACGAGAUAGAUUCAGAGAAGAGGACUACCAUGACUACACGCUCCGAUUAAUAGGAAAGCGAGAUAGAAAUGGGACACAUAGCUUGCCAUCAGCAUCUGAAGUUGCAGCCUUGGUUGUGAGAGAUCCAACUGAAGAAAGCGAAGGGCGUGACAUCAUAGUCGAGUACAAAGAUAUGAUGCCCCAAAGAAUAUCAGAAAUCCAUCCAAAGCUCAUGUCCCUACAAUAUCCACUGCUCUUCCCAUAUGGAGAAGAUGGAUUUACACUCGAUAUACCAUACAAAUAUAAAGCAAAUGUUAAAUACAAAAGGAAUCAUGUAACUAUGCUAGAAUACUAUGCAUACUAUCUUCAUCAGCGUCCAGUCAUCUACACAAUAGAAUUCCAAAAACGGGGGCUCCCGCAUGCACACAUCCUAAUAUUUCUUAAAGAUAGAAACAAGUGCCAUGAUCCAACACAAAUCGACGAUAUCAUAUCUGCUGAGAUCCCAGACAAAGAAGAGGACCCUGAGGCAUAUGCAACUGUUGAGAACUUCAUGAUGCAUGGGCCAUGUGGAGAGACAAACAAAAAUUCGCCAUGCAUGGUGGAUAACAAAUGCACCAAACACUUUCCAAAAGGAUUCAAUUCUGAGACAAUAAUUGACGAAGACGGCUUUCCUGUAUACAGGAGGCGAGAUGAUGAGAGACAAAUAAAGAAGGGCAAAACCAUGCUUGACAACAGAUUUGUCGUGCCUUACAAUAGGGAUUUGUUGGUCAAGUUCCAAGCUCAUAUAAAUGUAGAAUGGUGCAACAUGUCUAGGUCGAUCAAAUACCUAUUCAAAUACAUUCACAAGGGCGUUGACUACGUUGUAGGUUUACUAAAGGAGAAAGGAUCAUCAGAAGAUGAAAUAGACGAGAUCAAGAAAUACCUAGAAAUGAGAUACAUAUCAACAACCGAAGCAUGUUGGAGACUGUUCCAAUUUGAUCUACAUUACCAAGAUCCACCGGUUGAGAGGCUAAAUUUCCAUCUAGAGAACGAGCAACAAGUCAUUUUCCCAGACUCAACAGAUAUAGAAAAAAUAGUGAGAAAAGAAGGAGUGAAAAUUACUAAGUUCACUGAAUGGAUGGAGACAAACAAACAGUAUGAAGAAGCAAGAGAACUAAAAUAUGGAGAUUUUCCUACUAAAUGGGUAUGGCACAGUGACAAGAGAAAAUGGGAAAAACGAAAAAAACAUUAUGCAAUAGGAAGAAUCUAUUACGCACAUCCAGCAAGUGGAGAGAGAUAUUAUCUCAGGAUGCUACUCAACACCGUCAAAGGAUGCACAUCAUACGAGGACAUCAGGACAGUAGCUGGAGUCAUCCACCCAACAUUCAAAUCAGCAUGCCAAGCAUUGGGAUUUCUUGAUGACGACAAUGAGUGGAUCGAGUGCAUCAAUGAGGCAGCUAAUUGGGCAACUGGAAUACAAUUACGCCAAUUAUUUACCACGAUAAUGUGCCACUGCGAGGUAACAGACCCAAAAUUGUUGUGGGAAUCAACAUGGGAAGCACUCUCUGAAGACAUACAACACAAGAGAAGGAUUAUCCUAAAUUUUUCAACGCUAAAGCUGACUGAUUCUCAGAUGAAAGAAUACACUUUGAUUGAGAUAGAGAAAUUAAUGCGACAAGCUGGAAAGUCGAUGAAGGAUUAUCCGGAAAUUGAAUUGCCAAACGCAGAUGAGUUUGAGGAACUUGGCAACAGACUUAUAAACGAAGAGGAAAACUAUGACAAGGACAAACUAAAAGAUGAACACCUCACCAUAUUCAACAAUCUUAAUCCAGACCAGAAACAAGCAUUUCGAGCAAUUAUAGAGUCAAUAGAGAAAAAACUGGGAAAACUAAUAUUUGUUGAAGGCUACGGCGGCACUGGUAAGACAUAUUUAUGGAAAGCCAUUACAACAAAGCUACGUUCCGAAAGAAAGAUAGUACUUGCAGUGGCUUCAUGUGGCAUUGCUGCUCUACUACUCCAAGGUGGAAGAACGGCACACUCCAGAUUCCACAUUCCACUUAACAUAACUGAUGAAUCUACAUGUGAAAUCAAACAAGGCUCCCAUUUGGCAGGGCUGCUAAGUAAGACAUCAAUAAUUUUGUGGGAUGAGGCUCCAAUGACACAUAGAAACUGCUUUGAGGCACUUGACAAAAGCCUAAGGGAUAUACUCAAGUUUACAAAUGAAAAUACUGAGACAAGACCAUUUGGUGGCAUGACAGUUGUGCUAGGUGGGGACUUCCGACAAAUUCUUCCCGUGGUGCCUAAGGGAAGGAGAGAGCAUAUAGUAAAUGCAUCAAUCAAGCGCUCAUAUCUGUGGAAAUACUUUGAAAUAUUGAAGCUCACACAAAACAUGCGGCUCAGUUGUAUAUCAAAUAACAUGAUAGAACAGCAGCAUGUUGCAGAAUUUGCAGAGUGGAUACUUAAUAUUGGUGAUGGGAAAACAGCAUCAGAUGACGGAGAAGAGUUCAUAAAAAUUCCAUGUGAUCUACUGCUAAACAAAGGAGAUGACUCCAGAGAAACAAUUGUCAAAAGCACGUAUCCAAACUUGAUGUCUAACUACAAAAACAGAAAUUUCCUUGAAGAAAGAGCCAUAUUGUGCCCAAGAAAUGAAACGGUUGAGCAAAUAAAUGACUAUAUCAUGAGCCAAAUAAAAGGUGAAGAGGUGACAUACCUAAGCUGUGACUCUUUAUGCAAUGCAUCAACAAACAACAUGGAGCACAUGUACCCUAAGGAGUUCCUCAACACCUUGAAGUUCCCAGGGAUUCCAAACCACGAACUAAAGCUCAAAGUCAGACUGCCAGUUAUGCUCCUAAGAAAUAUCAAUCAAUAUACAGGGUUAUGCAAUGGUACAAGAAUGACAAUCACUCAACUUGGAAAAAAUUCCAUCGAGGCACAAAUAAUUACCGGAACAUAUGUGGGGGACAAAGUAACUAUACCACGAAUAAUCAUGUCACCGAGCGAUACAAAGUGGCCGUUCAAGCUAAGAAGAAGACAAUAUCCUCUAUCAGUUUGCUUUGCUAUGACUAUCAAUAAGAGUCAAGGACAAUCACUUAACAAGGUUGGAUUGUAUUUGCCUAAACAAGUAUUCUGUCAUGGACAAUUGUACGUGGCAUUAUCUAGAGUCACAAACAGACAAGGUUUGAAGGUGCUUAUCGACGACUCGGAAAGUCAAGAGGACGACAUGGCAAAGAACAUUGUUUACAAAGAAAUAUUUGAAUAG